CUGCGCGCCCGCCCGUCCUCCCGCCCAGCCAGCCCGGGCCCGCGGAAUUGUUAGAUGGAACACGGCUCCAUCAUCACCCAGGCGCGGAGGGAAGACGCCCUGGUGCUCACCAAGCAAGGUCUGGUCUCCAAGUCCUCUCCUAAGAAGCCACGUGGACGUAACAUCUUUAAGGCUCUCUUUUGCUGUUUUCGUGCCCAGCAUGUUGGCCAGUCUGGUUCCUGCACUGAGCUUGCUGCAUACAAGGAAGAAGCCAACACCAUUGCUAAGUCGGAUCUGCUCCAGUGUCUCCAGUACCAGUUUUAUCAGAUCCCUGGGACCUGCCUACUCCCAGAGGUGACAGAGGAAGAUCAAGGAAGGAUCUGUGUGGUCAUUGACCUGGAUGAAACCCUCGUACACAGUUCCUUUAAGCCAAUCAGCAAUGCUGACUUCAUAGUGCCUGUAGAGAUUGAGGGGACCACUCACCAGGUGUACGUGCUCAAGAGGCCUUAUGUGGAUGAGUUCCUGAGACGAAUGGGGGAGCUCUUUGAAUGUGUUCUCUUCACUGCCAGCCUGGCCAAGUACGCCGACCCUGUGACAGACCUGCUGGACCGGUGUGGGGUGUUCCGGGCCCGCCUGUUCCGGGAGUCCUGUGUGUUCCAUCAGGGCUGCUAUGUCAAGGACCUCAGCCGCUUGGGGAGGGACCUGAGGAAAACCCUCAUCCUGGACAACUCGCCUGCUUCUUACAUCUUCCACCCGGAGAAUGCAGUGCCUGUGCAGUCCUGGUUUGAUGACAUGGCAGAUACUGAGUUGCUCAACCUGAUCCCAAUCUUUGAGGAAUUAAGCGGAGCAGACGACGUCUACACCAGCCUUGGGCAGCUGCGGGCCCCUUAGCCUUUCUGCUUCCAAGCAGUGGCUAUCCCAGCAGGGGACUUUGCUACACUUGUGCCUUUUUAAUCAGCCUGACCAAGCGAAGCUGGAGCACCUCAGCCAGUGAGGCCCGGAAAUAGAUGUGAUUGGAAAGAGCUUUAAGGCAGUUUAGGUGCCAGCUGGGUAGAUCACACCAACAGUAUCCAGAGAUACCUGCUCCAAGUCAGCUUCCCGAGAUAGAUGUGUGUGAGAGAGAGGGAGAGUCUGAGGAAGUACUGUAGACCCCGGGAACUCAGUGUUUCAAUUGGGAAGAAGCUGAAAGAUCAAGACUUUCUUCCCAAGUUGGUUCAUCUCCUCUCCUGCCACCCUAUGAGCCACUGAGCUUUACGGAGAUAAAGACUAUUACUGCAGGCUCUAUUGCCAAACCAUGGCCUUUCCUCGGGGUCGGAAGGUCUAUGCAAAGGAGAAAGAAAGGGCCAAAGGCUGCCUUUGGAUGUCCUAGGCGCACACCUUUCUGAAAACUCCGGCCCAGCUGCUGUAGACAAAAAGAUGCCAUUUCUGGGAAGAUGACGACUUGUUUCCAGAACCAGUAACCCCAUGACUAUCAGGUCCUGUGGCCCAAGGAUUGCACUUGCCUCCCUCUGAGUGCCUGCCCUGGGCCACUGUCUGUGUCUCCCCAAGGUUUGGGCAUUGGCCCUGCCUUCUUCACCACCUAGCCAUAGUCUGAUCCUGUGGGGAAAGUCUUCCGCCUGCCCUGGAAGAGGACAGAUAACUGAUUUCCGUUCUUUUGACUCUUAAAAUUCUAUACAUGGAGCAUUGGGCCUGGUUGGUUUCUGGCAAAGCUGCGAUCCUGGGCCCGAGAUGAAUGUGCGAAGUGCUGGAGUGCAGGGGAGAUGUAAAUCACUAAAGCAUGAGUGUGUGUCCUCUUGGCUUGUAGAUCAGCUGAGCUUCUUUCCGUAAGUCUGCUCUUCAGGGAUUCUCCGCUGGUGCUGGCACAGGGACUUCUGUUCCAAAGGCUGGGAAAGGCUUUCUGAGCUGUCCCUGGGCUGCAUCUUCCCUGGGUGUCACUCCUGUGCCGAAGUCUGUCUGUUCCUGGCUGUCACUCUUCCUCUGGGAGGCUCAGAAUUGCUUUUCCAAAUCUGAGGGGGACAGAUACUCUUACCAUUUGGUUUGCCAACCUUCUGCCCCCAGUAACAGGAGUGAGUGAACCCCUCACACACCUGCAAUCUGGGUGUCUCUUGCUUUCAAAGAUUAUUAAUAGUGUAUGUUUUUAAAAAUAGUCACAAAAUGGGAGUUUCUUGGGCGAAAAACAAAAGAGGAAGUGCUGCUGUAAUUGGGAGCACAAGGGGCCCUCCAGAAGGGGCCCUACCUCAGCAUCACUGCCUUAAUCAAGGCCUCUCCUGGGGCUGGGUGGGGCUCUCCUCCCUCCUGGGAUGGGAGAGUGAUCCUGUCCGCAUCUCUGUGUUCCCUGGAGGCAGAUACCGGAAAGCUUUUGUGAAUUGCUUCCGGUGCAGGUACACGGCCCACUCAGGACUUAUCUAUUACCCUUUUCAGUUUCUGCACACUAGAUCGAGCUUGAGGAACUAACCAGUUUGGAAAUACCAGGUGGUGGAGCAGCAGCUCAGUAUUCUGAGUGGUAACUGGCUGGCUGGGUCUUUUGUGGCGCCACCUUCUCUCCUUGCCCCAGUGUGAGAGGCCUGCCUUGUCUUUCUCUUUGUUGUCACAGAAGUGCAACAGAGCACCCAACCCUCCUGUGGUCAUCCCCCCACCACAGAAUUCCUUAUGCUUGUGGGGUCCCACCGCAGGUGAAGGGCAGAGGGCUCCAGGUGCUGGCCAGGAAGGCCAUCUGAAAGAAAGGGGGUGCUUAGAGGCUAAGGCCAGCUGUGGCUUCAGACCCAGGCCCUGGCCUCCACUGCCAUUCUGAUACUGCAGGAGCAGUGUCUUUCCUAAGCCCUACCCUGAGGAUUAGCCCUCCGCCAAGUCAUGUCACUUGGCCUGGCCAAACUUUUCUGACUAAGCAAUAAGAGGUUUGAAGUUAAUUGAGUUCCCAGAACCCUUUCUGCCCUCUUGGAUAUCCAUGUUCUCCCACACAGAAAGAGCCUAUGCCACCCCCAUUCCUGUCAGGCUUGUUGCAGUGUGACCCGUGACCAAAGCCUGGGAUGGCUUGGUAGGAGUGUCCCUGCUGCUUCUGCAUGAAGCCCCAGCUUUCCAGGCCCUGCUCCUGUCAGAACC